AGUCGCGAAGGAAACUCCUCCCUGCUGACAAGCAGCUCUCAGAUCAUAGCGCAAUGGUCUCGUGGAUUAUUUCCAGGCUUGUGGUGCUCAUAUUUGGGACCCUUUACCCUGCAUACUCAUCAUAUAAAGCUGUCAAAUCAAAAGAUGUGAGAGAAUAUGUAAAAUGGAUGAUGUAUUGGAUAAUAUUUGCACUAUUCACAGCAGCUGAAGUGAUCACAGAUUUAUUCUUGUGUUGGCUUCCAUUUUACUAUGAGCUCAAAAUUGCUUUUAUGGUGUGGUUACUUUCACCGUACACAAAGGGAUCCAGUGUGCUGUAUAGGAAGUUUGUUCACCCGACUUUGUCCUCUAAAGAAAAGGACAUUGAUGAAUACCUGUGCCAAGCAAAGGACAAAAGUUAUGACACCCUGAUGCACUUUGGAAGGAAAAGCCUGAAUGUGGCCGCUACAGCUGCAGUAAUGGCUGCCACUAAGGGCCAGGGCGUGUUAUCUGAUCGCCUUCGGAGUUUCAGCAUGCAUGACCUGACCACCAUAGAGUCAGACGAUCAGGCUUCAGUUACCACUCAGCCUGCAUCGGGUCAGCACAGAGCUCGCUCCAUGAUGCGCAGCAAAUCAGAGGCUGCCUACAGCAAGAGCCCAGAGUUUGACAUAACUGAGUUUGAGAUGUUGAGUGUGGAGCAGUGUGAUUCUGUGGAGCCGCCUUCUGCUCUGACCCUCAAACCCACUCCAAUACCAAGAUCCAUCAGCAAUCUAAACCAGCCUCUUUCACCCCCUGAGCCUUCCCAGGACAAACCUGCACCCCCUCCAUCUGAGGCCCCAGAGGUGCCCAAGGACGGUGAAAAAGAGGGAGGCAUCCCAGCCAACUCAGCCCAACUUGGACUGCUUAAGAGACGUGCCCCAGAGCCUCCUCCUAGAGCUUUAAGACCUUUCACCAGAUCCAGAUCCAAGAACACCCUGUCAACAAACCCUGAGGCCAUGUGACUGUGCAUACGCUGUGAGACCGCUUUAGCUGCCUUAGCUGCAACAUGAGGACACCGAAAAAGAGGAGACAGAGAGGGGGGGGAAACUCACAGCGAUGCAGACAAAAGAUGAAAUAUUUAAAGCAGCCUUGUUCUCUAAUGAGGUAACCAAAGCGAUGUGCGAACUUAUUGCGUCUGAUCUUUGACACCAGAGGGGGGGAAGGUUUCUAUCGAGGUAGCACAUGUAUGUGGCACCAUUUGAAGACUCUUAAACACUUACCUGUUUGUGUUGUACAUAUUUACUGUAUGUGAAGAAUGUAUGUUUGCUUCCUUUUGUUUGUAUGACUUUGGGAGAGACAGAAGCAUGCAUGUCCCUCUGUUGAUCUGUCACCAGAGCACCGUUUGUCUCUGAACACCUAGGCAUUAUACAGUAGCCACUAUGCUCACCGUUGGAGGUACAGUGACAACUCUUCGGUGGACUUUUUAAGGCUUCAUGCCAUUCAAUGCACUCGAACGGACCACAAGUGGGCACGGCGCCAUCAUCCUCUCAGGAUAUGUAUCCCGUAGUGCAUUGAUAAUGUCAGUCCACUAACACUGAGUAAUCUCUGUCAGUUUGGAAUGUCUCCGUGUGAAGCAGAUUUGUGCAGACAAAUGUUUAUUUACAAAGUGAGAGACUUUAAAUGCAGGCUUGUAAGUAAUUCCACCAAAAACUGUAUGGCAAAGAAGAUAUUAUUCGUGUAUAUUUAAAAUAAUUUACAGGACAGAUGUGCAAUGAUGUUAGAUUUGAGUUGACUCUGAAAGAAGAGAUUUAAUCUGAGCCACACUGAAGUAAUUCUUAAUUGCUGUUUUUAUUCAUGCUAUUGUCAAAUCAUGUGAUGAGGCAUGUUACAUGAUUUAAAGCCCAUCAUGAAAGAAAGACAUCAGAUUAGUAAUUUAAUGUGAUGCUUAUUUAUCCAAGGAAAUUCCUGAAUGUUUUGAGUAGCAUUCUUUAGGCAUUUUGUAGUAGCAAUUCUGGGUUAUGCAACAAGCAUAAUCAUUUUACAUUUGGGUUUUAAGUGAAUAUCGUUUUCGUUUCUGUUCUGUCUUUCAGAUUCUGUCACAUAGCUUUGAACAUUGUUUUGCUUCUCUUAACUAUAAUGUCGCAUGGAUUCUCAUAUUUACAAAAUGUUGACAAUCUGAAUGUGGGUUUUUUUGGGUGUUUUUUUUUUUACACUUCAGUCUUGAGUCGUCAGUAUUACUGCAUUUAUGUACACUAGUGCUCGAUUAAGCACUGUUUAGAAUUAUAACGCUGUCAGCUCUGUAACAUACACACUAGAUGGAGAAUGUGGCACUUUACUCACUGAGCAUUGUUUAGUUUAGUUCUCACACAUUUAGCCAUAAAGGGGAUGCCAAGAAGCCCCUUAAGGUCAGAACACUGUGCAGUCAGACUGCUAUACUUCACUGAGUAAUUCAAAUUGGUCAUGAUGCAAUGUCAUAUCACUGCUUAAUAAAGAAUGCUAGGAUUAUACAUGGCCAAAUUCUCACUAACACUAAUGUACUGUAUUGCUUGGCUUCCAUCGGUUCCAUGUUAAUGAGACUUUCACAGAGGGAAGGUGUCUACCAGGUUGGAAGAAUGAUGACAAUCUCAUUUUAUUUAACCUCUUUCCUGUUUCAGAGAGUAAAAGAGCAUAUCUCACAGUGACACAGCUGAAUUUUUUUAGUAGAUAUCUUUCUCAGGUAGAGUUUGACAUCUUACCAUAUUUACACUAAUCAAACUUUAAGGAUUAAAGAUGAAAUGCUAAAGGACGGAUAUACGGGAUAUGACACAGGAAAAACUAAACAGAAAGAGAAUUUAAACCUGAGAAUUGUGUAUUAAGAUUGAUUUGAUUGUUUAGGGCAGAAGGCCAUGCAGCCAGCAUUAUUUGCUCAGAUAACAUUUCAACUUGAAAUUGAAGUACAAAACAUGCAUGAAAUAUCUUCUAUCAUUCUGGACAUGUAACCGAUUAAGUGCUCUCUCUGUGUGAAUCAUUGUCAGGAUUAUCUGAUGCUACAUUCAUACGUAAAUAGUAGUAUUAGGAUUUUGUUGACUGUUGUUUCAGGAGUUAGUUAUUAAAGGCACAUAUCCUUAAAAACACAGGCUCAUUGAAAUAUCAGUGUCUUGGUAAUAAGAUUAAUUCUGCGCUGAAUUUAUUUGUUCUCAUUGCAAGAACGCUCCUGCUUCAUUACACAAAUGAGCCAUGAUUCAGUAGAGGAUGUGCCUUUAAAGACUAAUAGUUUUAUUGCUUUUUAGAAUAUUUCUUACUUUGAAAUAAUGUUCAUUUAUAUUAAUUUGUUUGUUAAGCUCCUUAGAAGAGGGAGAAAUGAAGAAAAUGUGGCUAGGGAUGUACUUCAUAAGGGCGACUAAACCUUGCUUUAAUCUGAAUGAACACCACGGCUUGCGCCCCCUCUGAUAUUUCAAAACACAGCUCUCAUGUCUGGCAGGCCAGAAAAUCUCUCUUACGCUGUUGAAUAAUGUGGAAAAAGAAACAGAAAUGGUCUGAUCUCUGUCACAAACCCUUCAUAUGGAUCUGAAGGUGUGUCACACUAUCAAUUAUUAAAAAGGAGACAGAACA